UGGUGGGUGUUGUCUGCUACUAUAGAUCAGAAUAACUUUAUCUUUCUUCUUUACGUUGUUACAUAACACAGAUGAGGUUCAGAUUCUGUGGGGACCUGGACUGUCCAGAUUGGGUUCUGGCAGAAAUCAGCAUUCUGUCGAAAAUGACAUCUGUGAAAAUGAAGCUUCUAUGUGUCCAAGUUAUCAAGGAUAUUCUUGGGGCAGGGCUAGAUUAUGACAAAGUCUACAAGCUGACAUCAGAUGCUAAAUUUGAGAUGGGCGAUGUGAAAGCUAGCAUUGCGGCUCUGACGUUUAUCUUGACGAGUGCGGGCAAGUACAGUGUGGAUGGGGACACCUUGUCUAACGAGCUCCAACAGCUUGGUCUUCCUAAAGAACAUGCGACCUCUCUUACCAAGUCUUACAGUGACAGUCUAGACAAGCUGCAAAUACGACUGCAGGAACAGUCUCUCCGCUUGUCCUCCCUGGAGAAUGUCAAAUGGAGGGUGGACUACAUCCUCAGCUCUAGUGAACUAAAGGAUAUCAACGAGCCAAGUGUACAGAUUAGGCUUGAAAUGAAGAACCCAGACACACGGUCAACAGAACCUGUGGCAUUCACUGUGUCUGCAGACAAGUUCCGAGUUCUCCUGAAUGAGCUGAAACAGGCUGAUUCAAUGAUGGACACUCUGGCCUCAUAGCUUCAUGCUCAGCAGUCCUACCGGACAAGAUCAACUCUACCAGGCGUGUCCACAUGGGAACUUGAACAGUUACACAUUCAUGACGUGUGGAAGGUUAUGUGAUUGCUAGCCUGUAAGCCACUGUUGUGAGUGGAUCAAUUACAUGUUUCAAGGGGUAUAUUUUAACCGAAGAUGCAUCUCAGGCAGAUUCUCAGCAUAUUCACUCAGCAGAGAUUUAAGGACAUACUGGUCCCCAUUUCAUCAUACUUGUCUCCUAUCUGUGAAGAUCCGGCUUAGACUUGGUCUUCAGUAACCCAUGCUUGUCGUAAGAGGCGAUUAAUGAGAUCGGGUGGUCAGACUCGCUGACUUGGUUCACACAUGUCAUCG